AGAAUAACUAUCGUCGUAUUGGCUUGACUUAUCAGCGGCGGUGCGCGCGAUGAAUAACCAACCGGGCCGGGUCGAGUUACGUAUAAGAUUAGAUAUCGCAGUUCGUCACAAAGUUUAUAGAUUACUAUAAUUUACAAACCUUGGGUUCGUUAGUGUAUUACGGGAGAAAAAAAAUUAAUAAUAAUAAAUGAUAACGUCUACUAUGCGGACGACCUCGGCAAGUCGGCAAUCGUGAUUCGACCUUUAGUUGCUGUGUCGAUCACGGUUUCGUUCGUAGAUCUUAUUCUCAGUCACAUCUGUCCUGCGGGCUACGAUUUUUAUUCAUCGUCACUUCGCGUAGCCGACCGACACUUACUAUAACGUAAGCUUAUGGUUUUUUCCGUUCUGUCUACCGCAUCAGUUACUUCGUCUACGUUAAUCGUUUUCUCGUCGAAAAAUCCAAAAAAUCUCGUCCAACGUUUCAGUGUGUAAAAGUCACCGUCACGCAGAAAUGGAAAGACCCUCGACUAGAAAACCUAAACAACAGAUUACUGAAAAUGAUGAUGAUAUUUAUGACAACGAUAAAAAUAAAGCUGAAGUAGAUGUGAAUCAAAGUAAAUUUCUACUGUACAGUAUCUUUUUUAUAAUUUUUGUAGGAAUAUAUUCUUAUUACACUAUUUAUGCAUCAGACUUUUUUAAGGAUAAUAUUAAGACACAACCAUCACAACCCACACCUGAGCCUGCAUAUGCAGUUAUUAUCGACGCAGGAAGUACUGGUUCUAGAGUAUUAGCAUUAGCUUUUAAAAAAAUACCAGGUGGUUCUUUAGAACUAGUUGAUGAAUUAUUUAUUCAAGUAAAACCUGGUUUAUCAAGUUUUGCUGAUGAUCCAAAAAAAGGAGCUGAGUCAAUUGAUCAGCUAUUAGCCAAGGCUAAACAUUUUGUGCCAAAAGAAUAUUGGAAAAGUACACCUCUAGCAAUGAGAGCAACGGCUGGUUUAAGAUUACUACCAACAGCAAAAGCAGAUGGACUUCUGAAUGAAGUAAGACUAUUGUUUGAACAUAAUCCAUUCUAUACAAAUGAAAAUUCAGUGGCUAUAAUGGAUGGUAUUGAUGAGGGUCUUUUUUCAUGGUUUACAGUCAAUUUUCUCCUUGAUCGUCUGAAUGGCAAAUUGACAAAUACAGUAGCUGCUCUUGAUUUAGGUGGAGGAUCUAUACAAAUUACUUUUAUCCCUACCAACAGUAAACAAGCUAUUAAAGAAUUGCCAGAAUUUAUUACAGAAUAUUCAAUAAUGAAUGAAAAAGUAAACUUGUAUAGUCACAGUUAUUUAGGUUUGGGAUUAAUGGCUGCUAGAAAGAGCGUAUUUACUGCUAAUGGUGAUUCGUUAAAUGUCACUAGUCCAUGUGUUCAAGAAGCUGCCAAAGGAACACCUUAUAGCUUUGCUCAGAAGAUAUACCAUGUUACAGGAGCACCAUCAAAAAAAGGUCCUGCUAUUGACUAUCAGCUUUGCAAGAGUAUCAUUGAAGCUGUGGUUAAAACUGUUUACACAGACAAACCUAAAGAUCUCCGUAAUCAAAAAAUAGUUGCAUUUUCAUAUUUUUAUGACAGAGCUCAAGAUGCUGGACUUGUUGGUGAAGAAGGAGGUGAUGUUACUGUGAAAUCAUUUUAUGAAGCAGCAGAAAAGGAAUGUUCUAAUACAAAUUACAACGAAUUGAGACCAUUCAAAUGUCUCGAUUUGGCUUAUAUUUCUGUAUUAUUAGAACAAGGGUUUGGGUUACCUUAUGAAACUUCAAUCUCUUUAUUGAACACUAUUGACGGACAUGAGAUAAGUUGGGCUCUUGGUGCUGCUUAUCAUAUUUUACAAAAUGGACUUUAAUUAUAAUAGAAAUAAUUACAUAACUUAAUUUAUAUGGUGGAUUAAGAUCAAAAAUGUAGUUUAUACUAUAUCACGUUAUUUGGUCAUAUGUGUCAUAAUUAUAAUAAAUAAUGUAUGCUAGUAAUACUAUU